AGAAACUCUUUCUAAAAAAAAAAAAAGCUGUAAAGGAAACUGUUUUUCCAAAUGUCAUUCUUUAGGGAAAAAGCAACCUUUGACCUUUCAAAACAUCCCCGCACUGCAGCCUCAGCACAGCCACACCCUCACAAAAAGGAAUCUGUGCUGAAUAUUCUGUCACCUGUUUUACCCAAGAAAAACAGCUAUCUCCUGGAUAAAGUCUAUUUCAAAGCUUGAAUUGUCCCUAUGUUAAGAAGCCUUGUACUCAGAAAGGUUAAUAAAAGUGUAGAAUAAAAUAGACAUGUAGUUAAAAAUAGAGCCUGAUUCCAUGCGAAUGACACAGACUUGAUACUCCACUGCGGAGCCAUGGUGGGCUUCUACAUCACAUGUCCUCCUCCUGUCUUCAUUCCUUCCUCCUCACCUUCCACUCUAUCCCCCGCCCCACUCCACCCCCCGCCCAGCUAUAUUUAGUACCAUAGUCUGUGGGUUUCUGAAAGAAUUCUCUCAUGUAUUUUUGAGUUUCACUGAAGGGGAAACCUUGGUUUCGUGUCGUAUUUUUACAUAUGUAUUUAGUUCAUGUCAUAUUUUUACAUAUAUAUUUAGCUUUCCAUUUCUGAAGAAAUACACACCCAAAAAAAGCAUUUUUCAACAAUGGGUGAAUUCCAAGAAGCCUGGAGCCUGAUUUGGAAAGGAUGGGGGAUGGGAAUUGGGUAGCUUUUCCAGUGGAAAGGAUUUGAACAGAGGCCACACUUCUGGAGUGGCUCCUACAAGCCGGAGCAUAUCAGCAUGGUCUGGCAGAAGUGACAGUUAUGGAAGGGAGGGUCAUAAAUCAUUUCCUAGCUGUGAGGACAAAGGGAUUCAAAGUCUCCCAAGCCAGAGGUAGUGUAGCCAACAAGAUCAGCAGCAAUGAGGGAGCAACUGCGCCACUUUGUGUUAGUCCCUGAUGGCCAGCGCAGGGCUGCAAGUAGUGGCUGCAAAAGCCAGACAAAUAGAUGGAAAUCCAGGAACUAGAGGAAAUUCAGGCCUGCAAGGGGCUCUGGGAAGUGUAUGUUGUUCUCUCUGAAAGAGCCAGGGAUUAUCUGCACAAAACUGGAAGGUUUAUUGUGAUUGGCGGGAUUGUCUCCCCUGUCCACGACUCCUAUGGAAAACAGGGCCUCGUGUCAAGCCGGCACCGUCUCAUCAUGUGUCAGCUGGCCGUCCAGAAUUCCGACUGGAUCAGGGUGGACCCUUGGGAGUGCUACCAGGACACCUGGCAGACGACCUGCAGCGUGUUGGAACACCACCGGGACCUCAUGAAGAGGGUGACUGGCUGCAUCCUCUCCAAUGUCAACACACCUUCCAUGACGCCUGUGAUCGGACAACCACAAAACGAGACCCCCCAGCCCAUUUACCAGAACAGCAACGUGCCCACCAAGCCCACUGCAGCCAAGAUCUUGGGGAAGGUGGGAGAAAGCCUCAGCCGGAUCUGCUGUGUCCGCCCACCGGUGGAGCGUUUCACUUUUGUAGAUGAGAAUGCCAAUCUGGGCACGGUGAUGCGGUAUGAAGAGAUCGAGCUGCGGAUCCUGCUGCUGUGUGGUAGUGACCUGCUGGAGUCCUUCUGCAUCCCGGGGCUCUGGAACGAGGCAGAUAUGGAGGUGAUUGUUGGCGACUUUGGGAUUGUGGUGGUGCCCCGGGAUGCAGCCGACACAGACCGAAUCAUGAAUCACUCCUCAAUACUCCGCAAAUACAAAAACAACAUCAUGGUGGUGAAGGAUGACAUCAACCAUCCCAUGUCUGUUGUCAGCUCAACCAAGAGCAGGCUGGCCCUCCAGCAUGGGGACGGCCAUGUUGUGGAUUACCUGUCCCAGCCGGUCAUCGACUACAUCCUUAAAAGCCAGCUGUACAUCAAUGCCUCCGGCUAGCAGCUACACAGCGCUCGGCUCCACUCUCCCCUCGUCCUCCAGCAACACAAUGGCCCCUCCAUCUUUGUCAGCCCCCUGUUUCUCUCCUGCCUCUCUGUUUUUCAAUCUCCUCGUCUUGACUGUUUUCCCUACUUGCUGACUUAACCCCCCAUAGUGUGGGGGACCUGCAGAGAACCAUGGCAUUCCCUAUUCCACAGUCAUCUUUGGACAGACUUUCCUCUAGUCUCCGGGUUGGGGGUGGGUGAGGGAAUGGGGUGGGAGUCGGGGGAAGUGCAGUCCUUGGAGAUGUACUGGUGUCCGUCUCCCAGCACGCUCUAGAGAGGUGGCUCUGGUGCCCAUCCUCCCAGCAUGCUCUGGGGAGGCGGCUCUGGUGCCCCUCCUCCCAGCAUGCUCUAGAGAGGUGGCUCUGGUGCCUCUCCUCCCAGCAUGUUCUGGGGAGGCAGCUCUGGCUCUUGCCUUCCCAGCAUGCCCUUUACUACAAAGGGCUGUUUUUCUUUUCUUUCUUUUGUUUAUUUAUUUUUCUUUGUUCACUCCCUGUAGAACUUGGAUGAAAUCAGUGUCCAUGGUUCUUUAUGUUUGUAGUCUUGAUGUGCUCCUGUGGUAUUACUUCCCCUCUGAUAGGACACUGUAGCCAGCCUCAGCACUCAGUGAGUGCAUCAGGGCCACACCCAGUAGAGAAGGCCAAGCAACCUCCACUUCUCCAGCACCACACACAUGCACACACACACACACACACACGCGUGCGCACUUGCGUAUGCACAUCCACACACACAUUUAGCAGUAGCAGCAGCAGCAGCAACCUUUGAUCAGGAGUGAGAUUUUCAGCUUCUGAAACCUGGGACGCAAGUCUGGGGAUAGUCGGUUUUCUCAGAAUAAUUUGAAUCUGUUUUCUUAGUUUCAAAUGAUCAUUUCCCUGUUGCUCUGAGCUUAUGAUCACACAGAGCCAGUCCAUUCUCAUUUCCUGGUGGCAUCUGUUCAUUUACUUAUGUGGGCUGUAGCUGAUGGCACAGUGCAGGUUCCCUACCAGCCAGGGAUUUCCAAGGGACCUUUGGAGGCCAUGCUUAGACACAUUCCUGCAUCUGAGAAGAAUCACAUAAGCAGGACUAGAUCCAGAUCAGGCAGUCGUGUCUUUAAAAAAGCAAAACUAUACAAAACAACACUAGAAGUCCACUCAGUCCUGGAGGUCUUUGCUAAUUGGAAUUAUGUAUUUUCUGUUGGGCCGGGAAAUGUCUCUUUCAUAUUGUAAGUCCAGGAUGAACUAGGAGAAAGCAAUUUGUUGCCCUGAUGAUAACUGAUUAUUUUCACCCUCUCUAGCUGACGUAACUCAGACAGUGCCUGAGGUCAGUUCCUUCUUGAGAAGCAGUGCCUUGGCCUUGUUUCUGUGGUUGGUUCUAGCCCCUGCAGAGCCCGGAAGCUGCAGGAACUGUCUGAGAAAAUCUCCCUAACAGGGGAGGGGGUUCCCAGAAGGAAGAUCUGGGAGGGGUCAGGAGCCACUAAGUUGUUUCACUCCUUUUUUCUCUAAUUUUCUACUUUCCUCUCUGCUCGUGCAGACAGUGUUGCCAGCUUUCCUUCUGGUUACUAGGGUCUCAUGCAUGUCCUGCUUGGAGAGCCAUAAGGAAACUGCUCUCUUGUGCUUUUUGUCUCUCAUCCAGUCUCUGGCUCUUGGGAUUCUGGUCUUUGAGAAAUAGUCCCUGAGUAUUAGGAUACUUCUAUCAAAAUCUAGUACCAACUAUGGCCAGGAGGGGCCAUGUGGGACCUGAAAGCAAAGACAAUGUUUUUUACCACACAUUUCACAUCUGCAACAUCCUUCGGUUGUGGUAAAAGGAACAGAAGAACAUGGUAGAGCAGCAUCCAGAGAGUCUGUUAUUCCUCUUGGAUUUUUAAAAAUAAUCUUCAGAGGAAGGAAGAAAAAUCCUGUUUUUGAGUAGCAGUGUUUGACUAGGGAUCAUGAAGUAAUAAACUGAAAAACACUUUAGAGUUCAGUUGAUCCAACACUUUCCUUUAAAAGGUGAGGGAGCAGAGGCCCAUGGGAUUAAAUGGCUGGUCCAGGUCAGCCAGCAGGUGUAAAGCCCGACAAGAAGACAUUGUUUCCCUGACCCCUAGGCCGUCACACCACACCCUCCAUUUCCUCAUGUUGCUGACCAGGUACCCAUGUGAUUUCUACACUUCCCAAGCCUUACCCUGGCAUAUUUCUUUAAAAUUAUGUCUGUCCCAGGUGCUCCCCACACAGAGGAUGGUAACACCAGUCCCAGGGUAGGGUGUGAUAGUAAGGAAGGCCACUGUUAGGUUUCCUUUAGAAAGAGAUCUCAAUAACUUGGAAGAAAUCCCAGAAACGGACUCCAUGAAUCUAAGAAAGAAUUGCUUUGGGGAAGGUGAAGGGAGACCCAGAGAGUGCUCAGGAUGAUGCUACUGCUGGAGAGCGAAAUCUGGAACAGCCUUUGUCCAGGCAGGACAGUCAUAAGUCAGGAAAUGAAACAAAGGAAAACAGGUGCCUGAAUUUCCUGGGAAACAUGGCUUGUUUAAGGACUUGGAGUUAUGGAUAGACUUUAUGGGACCUCCAUGAGCAGACCUGAGGAAGACUCGAUUUCUUUUUCUUUGGUCCCCUCUGUUACUCUGCUGUGGUCAAGCCCCAUUUGGUCUACAGCCCACGAGAAGGAAUGAAGCUGGCUCUGCACUCUCUGCAUACAGGCAGAAGGCAUGUGGGAGUGGGGAGGGAAAGUGAGAUGAAUGAAGACAAAGAACAGGUGCCACAGAAGUAGAUUUCUAGGAAUGAAGUGGGGCAGAUCUUAUCUUUGUGGAUUACAGGUGCUGUACUAAAAACAGGUUUCCUAUUUAAUAUAAAAAGAAAGUGAAUCUUCUUUUGGAUAGAAUCGUCCAUUCCCAUCGCCACCCUGCCCCCCCUCCCCAACACACACACACACACACACACACACACAUAUACACCCCCUUUCAUUUGCUAGGGAAAGGUCACAGCACAACUGAAUCCAGGACAGGACAUUGUGACCAUGACCCAGCCACAGCCAAUACCAGAAAGAUGAUUCAGAAUCUGAAGUGGUGCCCCAGGUGCCAACAGGAUAACCUCUGGGCCCCGACUUUGCCUCUGGGGUCCUGCUCCUUCCUGCAAGGCCAAUCCAAGACUGGCAUGGCUCAGAGGUUGUGAGAAAGGCAUGGACUGGAACAAUCAUGUCCAGAGGGGUCUGGAGCUUUGUUUCCUGCCCACCAGCAAAAAAAUAUCCCUCCCAUUUUUCUGAAAGUGGCUGAUGUAAGAACAGGCAGAAGGAAUUUUUGUCAAUAACUCUGUCCUUAAGGAAUGGUCCUCCGGGAGGGCUGUGCUGCUAGUGGGUACCUCAGUCACACACCCCCAACCCCAGGUAGCCUCUAGAGCCUUCUUGCUUUCAUUUUCCUUGAAUGUACAUAGGAACAAGGGGGAAAAGUCUCUUACUGAAGUGCCUGAAACCCAAAGCUAGAGCUUCUAGAGACACCGUUCUUCCUGUCUCAGCUUGGCCAACCUUUCAACAACGUUCUCUAGUUUCAAGCUCCAGCUUCUCAGAAAGAAUUAAAGAACUUGCUGUUCAAAUUAAAUAGAAAGUGAGACUCAAUAAUUGAACUACAGCAAAAGGCAGAGAAUUACAGGGAGAAACAACUUUUACUUAACAACCCAAUUCUACUCUCCCCAAACUGAUACACACACACACACACACACACACACACACACACACACACUCUUUUAGAGGACUAAGAGAGAGGAGCAUGUUAUUACAUUUUACUCAUCCAAACAGUAAUGCAAAAAUAAAACAGAAGAAUAUGAAAAGCUCAGGAUCUCUCCCAAGGCUACCUACUGCAGGAGGGCCAACAGGUGAGAUGGGAAGAAUGGAAACAGGGACCGAUUUUGUAGCUCAUACAAUUAGGACACCUUAGGAAUAGCAUUGUAGUAAUGGCGAUGAAUAUGCUCUGCCAAAUUCAUCCAGUUUGCACCAUCUUAUAGCUGCCCAGCACACUCGACUGUUCAUGUGGUCUCUUUGUAGUGUGAGUUUGGAGUGUCCUAUUAGCCUGUUCUGGUUAGGAAUGAGUAACGGCUCUUUCCCUCGACCUUAGUCUAGUCCCAGGGCUGAGGAUUCAGCUGGAUCCACAUGGUCUUGAGGGUUGGCAUGGGGAGGGGGAAGCUUUUUUUGAAUCACUUUUUGAUCACAUAAUCUGCCAUUUUAAGAGUAAGAUUUGCUUUAUGAAAUCAAUUCAUUAAUAAAAAAUGAUAUUCAAGUUGCAAUACCAUUUCACAGUGAAAUAUUUUGAGUACGAUUUUGUUGCUAGAAUAGUCAUGGGCAAGAGUUUUAUGCAAAAUGUUUCAAUUAUGUUAAUAAAUAAGACAAUGCUACAAGA